UUUUUCGAUCACCGAUAAACAAAAAUAUUAUUUUCGUUCUGAAUUUCUGAGACGCGAAUCAUAGAUCAAGCGGGCUUCGAGUUAAAAACCUAAUCCACAAUGUGCUUGUUGCGCUUGGGAACAUUGUAUUUGAUACUAGCAAAUCAAUACGCAUGUGAAAUUUACCGAUAACGUACGAUUGCACAAUGUACAAUUGGUCACAAAUUUUUUCAACGUAUUGAUUGGCCACAAAAUCGAAUGUUUCUAGACGCAACGGGCGUGUUGUAGAUCAGGCCAAAAGGACCCGGCGUCGUAAACUGCAACGUUUGAAUGUAGAUCCAUCCGAAUGUGUUCUCACUUUCUCUCAACCUUCCCCUUGACUUUUUCUCUCCUCUCCGUCUCUAAUACAGCAGGGGGGAACACCUCUAUCCGAGUCAUAUCAAGGAUCCGUGACAUAUAGAUGCUGCGCGCAGCAGCAACAACUGAGGUCGACUCCUCUCGGCGAAGGUUCUCACCCCACUUUCGGCCAGAUACAAUCCCCACCUGGGCACUCGUUGCGCACCCACCCCACCUCAGGUUCUCCAACAACACCUGUCGUUACGACGGCGAACGACUGGCUUUCCGCCAGUCUGACGUAUAUACGGCUGUCGCAGGUUCUCCCGAGAUUCUUGUCGCGUGCAGUGGAGUCCUGUCGUCCGCCCGUCGUUCUCUCUUUUCCAGCGUGGCGAUUUUAUUUGUCGCUACCGCGCGACACACCGAGGUUGUCGCCCGAGCGCGUCUUGGUUUUUCGUUCGUCGUCGCGCGCGGAAAACUGUGCCCGCCCGCGAGUCAGUUGCGAAAUCGCGCGGGGGAUCUUCAAGAUCGGGGGAUGCAGUGAUAGCGAGGAGAGAUAAUGGUUCGUUGUGUGGAAGAAUCCCGGGGAUAAUUUGGGCUCUUGCGAAAUUUCACGCGCCCCGACAGGAUCGUCAAUCUCGAGAGAGAUUUACGAGACUCGAGAUCGAUCGACUUGCGCGCUAAUGCUGAGAUUCGAUUGUCGGAUUGUGAUAAGCCGAAAGAUAGUAGCGCGAUCGUCGCGCGAUCUCUUGACGGAUUUACCGCGUGAUUACUUAUUUCACUGUCGAUUGUUAACAGCAAUAUCUGACCGAGCAACCUUACUUAAAUUUCCGUUGAAAUAGUUGCAUUACUUGCGCAACGUUUUCACGUACUGCGGAUAAAUCCGAUUGUCACGUUGGGGGACAAUUUGCUCUGUUGAGUUCGAUUAUUAAUGACAUAUUAAUAACUAGCUUGUAAUUAUGGAUCGUUAAAGGCAAUUCUGUUGUGGGUAGUGUUGUCAGUGUCGCGGAUGAUUUAGAAAGCAUUCGAUCGCGAAGACUCGCAAAUCGGAAAUUGGCCGAUUCACGCUGCACCGCGGGAAGACGCGCAUUGUGUUCUACGCGGAAUCACGUGGCGCACGCACUGCCGUGCCACUUCGGGACCAGUCGUACCUGUAAUUCCACGUCCACCACGUGGUCGCUCGCAAUCUCGUAAACACGCUUACCGCAUCGGCUCGAUCUAGGAGAGUAAUCGCGUCUGGCCGAUCGAUCGCUUUCCGAAAGUCGCGCUCAAAGACUCGUCUCGAGAUCGAAACCAGUAUAGGCCUCGGCAAACUCGAUCCACAUAAAUAUGCGCGAACGGUCCUCGCGCCGGUCUCGUCGGGAUUUCGCAAAUAAAUGCGAAAUCUGGGAGAGUUCAUUGAAAUUACACGUGUCUAAAUCGCCCUUUGUUUAGCUAUUUAUGAGAGAUAAUUCGGUCAAUUACAUACACGAAAAGAGACGGUUUACAUUCGUCGAGUGUGGCGCGCGAUUGAAGGAUUGCAGUGAAAAAAAUUGUUAAAAAUUCUAACGUGAGAUAAAUGAUUGCAAUUAGGAUCAGUGAUAAGUUAGAUUUUUAAAUGGAAACCUCGGCCCUUGAUUGAUACUGAAACUUAUGCACUGGCUAUCGAUUUACAAUACUUUAAUUUCUCCCGGAAAGAUUUAACAACGAUUGAAAUUGUCGUAAUAGCAAACUGUCCGAUCGCGAUGAAUAUAAGCAGGCUAUUUUCUUCCACACAUCGUACAACGAAGAAUAACGAGAAACGAUAAUCUAUUAGCGGAACGACUUGUCAUAUACGAGAAUCGUUGUGUGAAGAAUAUUAAUUGCUUCGCCGAUUAUUCGCCGCUGAUUCGACGCAAAAGAAGAUGGCUCUACAACGUGGAAAACUUCUGAGAGACAAGAAUAGAAGCGUCGGAUUUGAAUAUCAAUGAGAUUUUUCGACUCGCUUCCGAGACGGAAAAGCGAUAACCGAGGAAACUUUGUUCCCCCUUGAUACUCCAACAAAAACCUAUUCACGAACGGAUCUCUUCAAAGAGACAUUUCCGAGAAGAUAAUCUUUUAAGAAGUGUUGACUUAAAAAUAAUCCUACGAAAAGGGAUUACGCGAAAGAGAAAUUUAUAGAAACCUGCGCCGGAAGAACAUCCGAGGGGAAAUUUUCUGCCCGAGUAUUCCGUAAAAGGAGACGCACGUCGGAGGAAAAUUUAAUUUACAAAAAUAAUACUCGGGAAGGAGAAAUUUUCUACGGAGUAUUUUCACGAAUGCGUAUUCAAUCCUCAGUGAAUAAUACGCUUGGGCAGAAAUGCCAAUGUGAAACAUUAAUGAAGAGAUAGUUGAAGAAGAUAGUUGAGAAGAUUCACGACGAUCUCGAGGAAUUCUUCCGACGACAUUCCAGGACUCCUUUUUAAGACGCUAUUAAAGAGAAAGAUACAUCUGUACUUUCUUCCUCUCUCCUUGGACAAUCGCUUUACUCCCUCGGUUCCCUCGAAGGGACGUUUCUGGAAAAAGAUAGCAGCGAAGCAGCUCCCUUCGAGUCUCGUGAUCGGUUCUCAUUUUCAAAGCCGAUCGUUCUCCACUGCUCGGCUCCUCGGUGAGAAUCGAUCAGCUGAUAGACAAGAAUGACACUCGAAGUGGUGCUCGUGCAAACGCCGCGGGGCGUCGCGACGCUGGGUCGGCGAAUUAAGCGUCGCAACUUCGGCUUUACGUAAUGUCAAUCUGCUGCUAUUGCUGCUGCUGCUACUGACACCGUCGGGUGGGACUCGUCAAGGUCACGGGCCGCGGAAAACGCGCUGCGGACCUGUAACAAGACGCCGCCGCAGCCGCAGCCGCCGGUGAUUCUACUAAUCUAGUGAGAAGCAAAGCGUUCCGCUAGUUAAGCUGAACGAGCGGAAGCCUUUGAAGGGGACAAAGCUGGUGGAAAGACUGAAGUAAUUCAGUAAAUCGAUCGAUUUAACGGAUCGAGGAGAAGGUGGGGAGAGGAAAGAGGCAGGGAACUUGAAGAUCGAGAAAAGUGUGGAAAAUCGGACGAGAAACGUGAAGAGUCGAGCGAAGGAUUAAAGAAUUUGAAGCUUAUAGAGACUUGUGUGUUAAAUCAUUAUUCGUACGAAGUGAAGUUACAAAGUUGAAGAAAGUGACGGGGAAAUCAAAAUUAGCUAAAGUUCAGUGGAAAGGCGGUACGCUGAUCAGUUUGAGCGAAUCGCAACGCCGGCUGACCGGCCUAAACUUUUACGACAUUUGAAGCAAGUAGUUUCAGAGGCCAAACAGAUUACCGAGGAAAAGUCCGAAGAAAAGUGGAUUGCAGUUACCUUAAAAACACUUUGAAGAAUUCAGGAAACAUCCGUCUGAAGGAGUUUGUCUGGAGGAAAAAGCAAAGCCGGGACAGACAUCUUCGGCCGUUCUUAAACGAAACGACGACAUUUGAGGCAAGUAGUUUCAGAAGAAAAGGGUCUCGAGAUAAAGUCCUAAGAAAGCUGAGUACAAGGCAGUUAUUCUAGAAAACUAAAUGAAAAAUUAAGGGAACAUCCGCCUGGAAGCCUGGAGGAGGAAACAAAGCUGGGACAAGACACCGUCGGUCGUUCUUGAAGAAAACACCGUCGGCCUCAAGGCGACGCUCGAGCCUUACUCGCGAAGGACGUUGCAAGUGUCUUUUCCUGUCGAGAUAUCAUCGGACACGUCUCAUCGUCUUCCUGGAUCAGGCGAUCGCGUCUGAACGGCCUUCGCAGAAACGCUUCGGGAAUUCGCGAGAACGCGCGCCGAACGCGCGUCACCGAAGUUUCGGACGGUCGCGUGACUCCCGUUGUUGUGUGUUGUUGUUAAUGAAAGUGCCCGGCCCGUCCUCGCAGACUCGCCGCGGCUCUCGGCCAGCGCGGACGCGCAUUACCGAUCCUCGCGCAUCGAGUGUCCUCCCGAGCUCCGAAGGCACUUUCGGAUUCUUAGAUCGUCUCUAAGAUUGGAAGAAGACACCGAAUGCCCGGCGCUGCAACGCCCUGCGGGACUCUCAGGCCGAACUUUUGGGCAGGAUAAUGAGUGUUAGAAUCGUUGUGAGCGUCACCGAGCUCACGAACAUGGACGCCAAGGACCGUUACGUCGUCGAGGGCAUCGCACUUUCCACAGCCACAGAGGAUGUGGGGGAUGGGCAUCAAGGGCACGACAACGAUACCGAUCCAUAUUCGUUGUCGCAUCUCGAUCCACCCACCGGUAGCGUCUACAUGAUAGGCGGGGUGCUGAUCGCUAUGGUUCUGGUGGGCGUCUUGAUCGUCCUGCUCGCCGUAACGAUCAGCAAGCUGCGGAAGCGCGAGGACCAUCACUCGAGCGCGGGCGCGGUGCACCCCGAGGCGACGGUGGUGCAGACGGCGACGUCGCUCGCGACGAUCGGGGCGCCGAUCGUGGCCGCGCAUCCGGACGGCUGCUGCACGCAGAUGUCCACGACCACCGUGUCGACCGACCUCGGCAACAGCGUCUGCGACGAGCACGUAUUCGCCGCGACGACGGUGACGCCGUCCGCCAAUCCGGUCGAUCCGUUCGCGUGGCAAUUCCCGCCCCCGUACCCGCCCCCCCACAUGCCGCCGGCGCAGUACGCGUUGUACAACGAUCAGGAUACCCUUGUACACGGUCUGCCGUCGGAUCGGCCUGGGUUCGCGAAGGGCUUCCGCAAGAACCUCGGUGGACGCUGGCGUCGGCUGGUGAAGCGGAAAACGGAGACGGAUACCUGUGCCAUUCCCCCCGAGCUGAAGGAUCAGCUGAAAACUAUCUACGUCUAUUGACGACCAGAAGGUCUAUCCCGACAGCCUGAAAGCCCCGAAAGAAAACUAUCGAUAGAGGAUCGAUAAAAAUUGCAAGGCGUAUCGGUGAAAGCGAGAAGAGGCUCUAGUCAAGAAAUCGAGGGGAAACGUGAAUGGGAAUUGGGAAAGACGAAUUGGUGUGACGAAUGGUAAGAACGGAAAAGGAGCUGACAUAAAGUAGAGGAUUUUGGAAAGCAUGCGAGGAGACCGGAAUCUGAAGAGACGGAAGAAAGUUCGGGGAAGGAACGGCGCAGGUACGGGAACCGAGAGAUCCGGCCGAUAGUCGACAUAUCAGAAAGUGUGCCUGAAGAGGAUGCAAUCAAGUGCCUUCUUUUAUUCCACAAGCGCCUUCUCAUGAGACUGAUACCGCGAAGAAAUAAUACCGCGAUACAUGGGUGCGACAAAGCGAGUUACCUCGUAGCUUCUGCGUAUAUGUUUUUGCGCAAUUAAUAUUGAUAGCCGACAGAUCGCCGUACUUCGAGUAGUUUAAUUAGUAUUAGCGCGUCGGCUGGACUUACGGAAGGUACGCGAGCGGCGUGCGAUCAUACGGUCGUUCGGCGGAUCCUCGGGAUUCCUCAAAAAUCCGACUCCUGCUUUUCGGUAAAUCCCGAGAAUUUGCGGCCUCGACGGAAUCGGCAGUCGUGAUCUCGAGGGGAAAUUCGACCGUAAAACUUUAAGUUAUUAUUUAUUAAGAGAGAGAGAAAAACAGCAUACACACAUUUUUUUCCUACUAAAGUGCAAACUAGUCGAGUAUACCGAAUGGGAAGACUUGCAGCUGCUGCGGCGUCAUCGUGCGCCGUGUUCGCGCUCUUUGGCGAGGCAGCGCAACUGAAUCGGCGACAGUCCGUACUUUGUCCAGCUAUAAGUAUUAUAUACAUAUAGAGCGUACGUUCGAGGUUAAAGUAGAUCAAAUGUAAUAAUUUAAGGUCCUCUUUGAAUAUAAUUUCGUAUUUAAACCGAAACUCGAACGGACGGAACAGACUUGGUCCACUUUGGCUUUAUACGCAUACGCGAAUUUCUUCUCGGGCAGUUGACUCCCGAGUUCAUCUUAAUGCGAAUGUAGUCGAUCGCCCGCUAUCUCGCUCCCGUAAUUGGUUUCGAGGCCGCCGACGUCAGUGUGUAAAUAUGAUGUAGCGAUCUCUCUGGACAAAGGUCCGCGGGAUGUACGGUUUUAAUCAACGAAUGGACUUUGGUGUUCCUAAAAAUCCUCAGGGGUCUGUAUAGGAGGGACUCUAGAAUUUGAGAAUCUGUAGGGUCCUCCCGCCGUCAAAACGGAAUGCGGCGCCUCGAAAGAAUAAGAUAGGCCAAUUUAAAGUUAUCGGACUAUUACGGCGGCUCAUAUUGAGUCCGCUUUAUUGUAACGCUGACGUGAUAUUUCAGUUUGUGCGCCUGCGUUUGACCCUUUAACUGUUCUUCGAAGCGUUUAUUCAACGAAUAAAGUAUUAUAAAGUAUUACGACCGUUCGACAGUCAUCGCAUUCUUAAGAAUAUCUCGAGAGCUAUUUGCGAUAUUGAACAAUUAUCACAGUUAUUUUGUACAUUCGACAUAUUUACGUAUUUAAUUGCAUGAUGAUAUUUAAUGCUGUAAUAUAAAAUUUUUUAAAUAUUUUUUAAGAGUUAUUCAAGUAAAGCUUUAUAUCUUUUACUGGCAAACAAUGAGAAUUGCUCAUUCUAUCAAGUGAUUUUGUUUACAAGCACAUCGAAUGUACUUGAUGGAUCGCGGUUAAAGGGUUGAGCAGCGUAGCGACGCCAUGAAAGGAGCUUCUCGCGUCAGUGAUUAAUUAGUUUAAAGAAAUCGACGGAGAUGACACUCGGUCAUUCGGUUGGAACAAGUUCUGCGGAUUUGGUUGAAGACUAUAAAUGUAGGACAUAUUUUUGAACACGCGAAACUUUUGUUUUUACCAAAGAAAAGCGUAAGAAAAAUUAUGAUUUUCACUUUAUAUUGCCAGAAAUUUUGUCGGAUUAUUGGAAAAUAAUUUGUGAAAGAAUUUAUUAAUUGUUUAUACAAGUUUCAUAGUAACAAUUGGUUAUUCUCGCCUGUAACAAUAAUCAUUUGUUUCGUAUGAGUUUUUUUUCAUUAUUUUACAUUAAUAGAUUGUUUUAAAUAUUUUUAUUGCUUUCUAUACACCUGGCAUCGGCGCAGUAUUUAUUUUUGCGCUGUGUGAAUCCCGUUGCGAACUCCGAAUUAUGCAGUGACCUUCACGAAUGACCGAAAAUCCAGAGGAUCACAAUCCUCGAUAUAGUAUUGUAGAGUGUAAAUAGGCUAACGGGUGACCCGUCGAUUUUUAGAGUUACUUUUUUUCUUAAGGGCGUAACCGGCAAUAUUUCUUGCGACGGAUUUAACGAGAUGUUUUAUUGACUCGCGAUUUCAAUCCCUUAAAAUACCACAUUCGGGGGAAAAAAAGAACAAAAAAAAUGUUACAAUUUUUUAUACGACAAAAUACCCUGUUCCGCACGAUGUAUUAUUACGUAAGUAAUUUUAUGACAAUCCAAUGACCAAUUUGUCGAACGUUGAGGAAAAAAAAUGAUAAAAUUGGACUUGUGCGAAGCUGGCGGAUAAUUGAGCUUAUCAGUUUUUAUCGAGAUGUAUAUUUUAGCCGAAAUAAAAGUUACACAACGCGAUUUUUUACUCGAUUCAAAUUCCGAUGCUAUCAAUUGCCAAUGAUAUCAAUUUGAAACGAAGUAUACCGUCACGAGACGACACUGUAUUACGUAAAAAAAAAGAAGUUCAAACUUAAAUAAGAUACGUUUUAUUAUCGCAUUCGCAUGCGAGUUCAGGAGUGCCUUCGCGUAGAGGAUGCUCGCACGAGAUUAGUUGCAACACACUAUGCCUGCGUAUAAUGUAUUAAAAACGCAUUAACGGUCUCUGGUGCGCUUUACACUUAGCGAUCAAAUUUCUGUGUAGAAUCAUACUCUCUUGUUUACAUUACUAAUUGUAUGGUUCAAUUGCUUCGUGUAGAGAGAGGGAGGG